AUGCCCCCAAACGCGAGCCAACCAGCGCAGAGAGUCGAAGAAGACCAACGCAUAGUGACCCGCAAAUUCUCUGUGAAGGACCUCAAGAUUCCCGAGUCCUGGGCAGCAGCAGAAGUGCAGGCUGCUAUCGAUAUCUGGAUCCUGUUCUUCCCGGGGAGGCGCCCUUCCCAGGUUACUGAAGAGGAGAAAAAUGUGUUCAUGGAGAGUGGCAUUGGCUUACAUGGACAUGAAGAGCUCGAAGAGAUACCUUCCGGCCUCACAGAGGAUCUUUAUCUCCUCGCUAAGCGUACAUACCUCCGCUACUUGAAGAUCGAGGCGCCCGAUUCGCUCGUUGAGCAGAUUUACGGCAAGAGCCUAAAGUUGAAAAACCCGCGUGGCUUUACAACCAUCAAGAAGAGGAUGAUGGCCUUAAUGUCUUCGAUUAAAUCUAACACCAUAUUGAAGUUCUAUGCCCAUGUGAAGGAAGCCAUGGAGAAGGGAGGAGAAGUUAUCCGGACAAGCAGGGAUGAUGCUACUAUUCGUCAAUUCUUUGCGGCGAUAUUCUCCAUGAAGGACGUCAUGGGCAUCUUCUCUUGGGCGGAUUCUAUCAUUGAUAUUGAGAAGUCGAGGAAUAGAGUGAAGAACUUCAUGUACGGGGUUUACAUCAACAUGUGCACGAUCAUUAAGCACCACCUUGACGAUCCAUUCUGUCCACAAUACGAUCGUCAUGCUGUCCUCUCCUUCUGGGACCGUAUUGGCCAAGCAAAGGCGUGGAGUGACAUCGAUCUGAGCCAUUUUGCCCUACGCCCAAGAGACCUCAAAAGGAAAAGGAUUAAGCAAGGUGGGGGGAAAGAUUGCAAGAAGAAUAAACCCGGAACUCAUGCCGAAUGGGAGUUGCCGGACGUGGAGGAGGGCAAGAAGGAGGACAGAAAGGCGAUUAAAACGAACGUCAAAAAGGAGGUCAAUGAUGAAUUGAAUUGA